GCUCAGUUUCUUUUCAGGUUUCGUGUCGUGUAGACGGUUCGGGAAGUGUGUAGAGUGGCGUAUGAAUUGCGUGACCAGAAAUUAUGCACUGAGUGUAGAAGCAGAAAAAAUACCGUUCAAGGGAGUCAAACGUUAGAAAUUGGCUUGGCUAAAGCCAAAUAGCUCCCAUUUUCGUUUUGUUUUACUGGUGAAAGAAGUUAAACAUAGUUUUGCCUGCAUGUUUGAAAGUGUAAUCUCCAAUGUGAAAGCUUAGCUGAAAAGAAGCAAAAUCUUGUGCAAUUUAUGUUUUUCGAGAGGCAGUUGAAUUACGGUGUGCCUCAGUUUUCUCUUUAGUUCUGGUGAAUUUUUGGCAUUUGAAGCAAAAAUUGCCCGCCCCAAGAUGUCCUGCAGCAAAAAGGCGUUCAUUUUAAUUACCGUGCUGACGCUGGGAGUGCUAAAAAUGUCGUUGGCACAAAUGACACCAGUGGACACUGGCGGUGGAAAUUCUUUUUCGUCGGCAAGGGACGGAGGCGGUCAGUGCAUAUGGUACGGGGUGUGCAACCAGGAGACGGCAAUAACAUCCCAGUACUGUAACUACAGCGGUCCGGCCAAGCCGAUCGAAGACAAAACGCGAGACCUGCUGCAGGUCUGGUGCAAACAUCUACUCGUCGACGAGGACGGCGAUGGGGUCAUCAAUACCUGCUGCGACUCGGAACAGGUUCAAAUCCUGAACAACAACGUAAAAAUAGCAGCGAAUUUCCUCGCACGCUGUCCGUCCUGCAUGGCCAACCUGGUGCGGCAUAUGUGCGACUUUACCUGUAGCUGGAACCAGUCCAAUUUUAUGCAGGUGAAGGCCACUGAAGUGAACGAUAAUACCAAAAAAGAGUACAUCACAGAGAUCGAUCUGCACGUCACGGAGCAGUAUUUGAAUGGCACGUACGGUUCGUGCAAACAGGUCUCGGUGCCAUCCACCGGUCAGCUAGCGUUGGACCUGAUGUGUGGUGAAUGGGGAGCCUCACGGUGUAGCGCCACGAAGUGGUUCAACUACAUGGGAACCAAGGAGGGAAACCUCUACGUACCGUUCCAAAUCAACUAUAUUGCCCAUCCAACAACCGAUCCGGGAGUGAAUGAGUUCCAGCCUUUGAAACCCAGAGUGGUACCAUGUAGCGAGAGAUUGGAUGAUAAAACACCGGCCUGUUCGUGCAUCGAUUGUGAAGCGUCCUGUCCACGGCCACCACCCCCGUCGCCUCCGGCUAAGCCAUUCAUCAUCCACGGUUUCGACGGGUACGCGGUGGUGAUGUUCUUCGUAUUCAUCGUCGGCAGUGGCCUUUUCCUGAUUGGCGCAUGUCUCUGCCAAUCGGAUGGCGAAAAAGGUGCCGAACUUCUGGUGCCGGGUGACAGCUUGCACUCCGACCUGCGCUCGACCGUGGGUCGCCGUUUGGCCGGUGGACUGUCUAACAGUGGUGAUCUGGGCACCGACCGCGAAGAUUCGCCCCUUCAAUCGAAGAGAUCGAGUGCCAGCUGGGAUGGUGAACAAGAACUCCGUCCGCAUCCUUCGGCUCUGCACGGAAUUGAAGACACCGAGUCCGGUUACUUUGAACGGUUAGGUGCGAAGACGGAAACCGUGCUGGAGAAAUUCUUCACUGCCUGGGGUACGACGUGUGCCAGAAAUCCGUGGAUCGUGUUGCUACUUGGCACGAUCUUCAUCGUGGCAAUGGGCUUCGGUAUCAUGUUCCUGCACGUCACUACCAAUCCGGUUGAAUUGUGGGCCUCGCCUAAUUCACGGUCCCGGGUCGAACGUGAGUUUUUCGAUUCUCACUUCGAACCAUUCUACCGGAUCGAACAGAUCAUUAUCAAAGCGGAAAAUAUGUCCAACGUGGUUCACAACACCUCCAAUGGCGUGAUAGAGUUUGGACCCGUGUUCAACAAACAGUUCCUGUUGGAUGUGUUCGAGCUGCAGGAGGCAAUCAAAAAAAUAGAAACCAAACUGGCUGACAAUAGCACCAUCGGUUUGAAGGAUAUCUGCUAUGCACCGCUCAGUUCCGACUAUCGGGGUCCUAUCGAAAGGGAAGACUGCGUUGUGCAGUCCCUGUGGGGUUACUUCCAGGAUGAUAUUGAAACUUUCGAGGCUGAGGACGAAGAUCCGCAAGGAUAUCCAGUAAUAUAUCUUGACAAACUGAUGCAGUGCUUCGGCAAUGCAUACAAUCCGGACUGCUUGGCACCGUAUGGUGGACCGGUCGAUCCAGCGAUUGCCCUCGGGGGUAUCCCGCAAAUCAAAGCAUCGGAUGAUAAACCUAAAUAUGAACACGCUAGCGCUGUCAUUCUUACCUUCCUGGUUAAAAAUUAUCACGAUAAAAGUAAACUUGAAGCAGCGUUGACCUGGGAGGAGAGCUACGUAGAUUUUAUGAAAAACUGGACGAGAGCUAAUAUGAGUAUUGCUUUCACAUCGGAAAGAUCGAUCGAAGACGAGUUGCGACGAGAGUCGCAGUCAGAUGUUUCCACUAUUCUGGUUUCGUACAUCAUAAUGUUCGCGUAUAUUGCCGUUUCGCUCGGUCAUGUUAACCAGUGGAAGAGGGCACUGAUCGAUUCCAAGAUUACGCUUGGUCUAGGCGGAGUCAUAAUUGUGCUAGCUUCUGUCGUAGCCUCUGUAGGAAUAUUCGGCUACAUCGGAAUCCCUGCCACACUUAUCAUAGUCGAAGUUAUUCCGUUCCUAGUGCUCGCCGUUGGCGUGGAUAAUAUUUUCAUUUUGGUACAAACGCAUCAAAGAGACACCAAGAAACCGAACGAAACACACGCAGAACACAUUGGUCGUAUUCUCGGCCGUGUAGGACCAUCCAUCCUGCUAACGGCAAUCAGCGAAAGUUGUUGCUUUUUCCUGGGAGGUCUCUCCGAUAUGCCUGCGGUUCGUGCCUUCGCUCUCUAUGCUGGUAUGGCCUUAUUGAUUGAUUUUCUCCUACAAAUAACGUGCUUUGUAAGCCUACUCGCGCUGGACACUGCCCGACAGGCGGACAAUCGGUUAGAUGUUCUGUUUUUCUUACGGGGCUCCAAAAAGGACAUGCCCACCGGUGCUAGCAAGGAAGGUUUGCUGUAUAAGUUCUUCAAGAGUAUUUAUGUGCCUUUCAUUAUGAAAAAACCGGUUCGCGUCGUUGUGAUGGUCAUUUUCUUCGGUUGGCUGUGCAGUAGCAUCGCUGUGGCGCCUCACAUCGACAUCGGUUUGGAUCAGGAACUGUCGAUGCCCGGAGAUAGUUUCGUACUCAAAUUUUUCCGCUACCUGGGUCAAUAUCUUAGUAUUGGACCCCCGAUGUAUUUUGUUGUCAAAGGUGGCCUAAACUAUUCCCAGUCAUACGAUCAGAACCUGAUCUGUGGUGGUCAGUAUUGCAACUUGGAUAGUCUGUCCACGCAGGUGUACAUCUCUAGUAAGCGACCAGAGGAAACUUACAUAGCACGUCCGGCCGCUUCCUGGCUAGACGAUUACAUCGAUUGGUCUUUGGCAGAAUCGUGCUGCCGGCAACAAGCGAAUGGAAGUUUUUGUCCCCAUGAAUUAACAAGCUGCCACAAAUGCAGCAUAAAUCUAACUACGCAAAACAGGCCGAACGAGGACAGUUUCCGGCGGUACGUGUCAUUUUUCCUUCAGGAUAAUCCAGAUGAGAAUUGCGCCAAGGCUGGACAUGCAGCGUACGGUAGCGCGGUGAAUAUUAAAACUCCCAUGCAGAGCAACUAUAGCGAUGUUGGAGCCUCCUACUUCAUGGCAUAUCACACGAUUUUGAAAACCUCGUCCGAUUACUACGAAGCACUGCGAUCGGCUCAGAAAAUCUCUGCCAAUAUCACCAGUACGAUUCACGCCAAACUGCGCCUGGACGGUCGAAGCGAGUCUGAUAUACAACAGAUUGAAGUAUUCCCGUACUCGGUGUUCUACGUUUUCUACGAGCAAUACUUAACCAUGUGGCCGGACACGCUCAAGAGUAUGGGCAUUUCCGUGCUGGCUAUUUUCAUCGUGACAUUCCUGCUCAUGGGCUUCGAUAUCCAUUCGUCGCUGGUGGUGGUCAUCACGAUUACGAUGAUCGUGAUCAACAUUGGCGGACUGAUGUAUCACUGGGACAUUUCGCUGAACGCCGUAUCGCUGGUAAAUCUUGUGAUGGCAGUCGGCAUCAGUGUGGAGUUUUGCUCUCAUCUGGUGCACAGCUUUUCGGUGUCGGUGGAAGACACGCGCAUAAAGCGAGCGGCCGAUGCGUUGACCAAAAUGGGCAGCUCGGUCUUCUCCGGCAUCACGUUGACCAAGUUCGGUGGCAUCUUGGUCCUAGGGUUCGCCCACAGUCAGAUCUUCCAGGUGUUCUACUUCAGAAUGUAUCUGGGUAUCGUACUGUUCGGUGCCGCUCACGGUCUGGUAUUCCUGCCGGUGCUGCUCAGCUAUAUCGGCGCUCCCAUCAACAAAGUGAAACUGGCGAACCAUCGACGACAGGCGCUGCAGGACACCCAGGAGACCUCACUCUCAAACCGCUGGGAAGAACGAAUCUUUGUCUUUGAUCAAAUCGAAGCCGAUGUCCACGGCGUGAUGUACCGCAGAAGACGUUCCAACGACAACGUCAGCUCCCGCAACACCAACAAUGAAAUUGAGGACGAUGAUAAUGAUGAAGAUGAAGACGAAGAACAUCACUACCACCAACAGCACCACUACCACCACCAGCAGCAGCAGCAACAACAACAGCAACGUGUCCCUGAACGUCCAGCCAACAGUAAGCUGGGACGGGGGGGACAAUAUCAGCAGCAACAACAACAACAACAACAACCGCACGAAACGCGAGCCUUCGUCCAUUCGGAAGCGUAUACAGAGCAACUUACCGAACCUCUUCUGCAGCCAUCAACCAGUCAGUGCGGCACCACGAACCGAUCUGUAGUAGGGGAGGUGGCAGGAAGAACCGCGACAGCAGUAGGGCCUCCGUGUGACAGACAUGUGAUUCUCGACGACAAAUCAGUAGGCAUCAGCUAAGUCAUCGAAGGUGAAGUCAUCGUACUAACUUCCUACUUAACCUACCUACUGUUAAUAUUUAUUCGAAUUUGAAUUGUUGAGGCUGGUUCAUCGAAAUUCUGGCUCUAGCAUUUGUAAAGGGAAUAUAUAUAAUAUCAUCAAUUCAAUCAUCAUCUGGAACAUAUAAACUAUCACAGAUCAAUAGAUCAAACUUUUCCUUGAAGAUUCAAACGAAUCGCGUGCGUGAGCGUGGCUGAUAACUAAGAUAGUAGAUCUAUUAUAUUUGAUAGAGAGAGAGACAGAGAAGGCAAGAUAUGAUGCACGGAAGAACUGGAGUUCUAAUAGUAGCCGUUAAAUUUAGAACAUUAUUUUGUACUGAAUAACUAAUGUUUACAAAGAUUAAAUAGCGCGUUGAAACGGAUCUUUAGAUAGACGAUAACGAAAGAGUAACAUUCUUAUGAGUAAUUUCAAGCAGCGAAAUGUUAGGAAAGCAAAUUCAGCAAAAUCAAAAUUGUUGUUCUGACCACGAAUCACGGAUACGAAAAGGUCGUUGGUAAUGUUGUUAUCUACUGGGGAGAAGGGCAAAAACGCAUUACAUCUAAACCAAUGAAACUGUCAAUGUCUAGGAAAUAAUCAAAUGAAAAAGGCUAGUUUUUAGUUAUAUAAGAAAGUAAAAUAUUUCUUGCUAAAUGUUACUAAGAAAAGCAUGAAGAAAACAGCGAAAGCUUGUACACGGUCUUGUGCGUGUAGGACAAAAAAAAACAUUGUUCAUUGUUAUGGUUGCGGUUGAUUCGAAGUCGCGAUUGGAUGCCGUGGGAAAGUGUGCUAAAGUGAAUCGCCUUAAAUAACCGGUUCCUGAUUUCAUCGUCGUCGAUGCAGUUGAUCUGCUUGUGCAAAGGUGUGCACGUGAAGUAUUACGUCCAUGUGUCACAACGCCAGUUUGCAAAGCGGUUCCGAACUGACAUAUCUGCGAGUGUGUAUUAGAGUAUGUUUGAAAAUAAAUCGAGUAAAAGUCUACAUAUAUAUAUAUUUCUGUAUUUAUGAACAGUAGGUUACUGGCAGGCUUCGCGUUUCCGACCAAAUAGAAAAAAUUCUAGAAUAUAGGUAGGAAUGAAACAGAUAGGAAAAACUAGGUGACUCAAUUUAUAGGCCACAGAAAAGUGAGAAGAAGGCGGUGGUAUGGCGGCUUCAGCGAUGCACGGUGGUACCGAUAGUUCAAUAUUUUGGAUGGCCAACGUCAUGGUCUCGAACCGAAAGUUAGACCCUUUCGGAAUAUAAUUAUUCUGACUUUUGAAUUGAUCUAAAUCCAUCAUAAUGACGAUGUGUCAGACAGUACACAUUAUUAGAUUUGAAAAACUUUUUACAGUCCAUCCGGUUGAGUUAGUACAUUUGUAUACGUAUAACGGUAGCUUAUAAAAUUUUGUUAAUGUGUAAGACACGUUGAAUUUUCGGGAUUAGAAAUCCUUCUGUUGCAAUGUGCUUAAAUAACUCGAUUACUGAACCACUAAACUGCCCUAUUUCGAACGUCCCAACCGCUCAAUUUUGUUUUUGUUUGUUUUUAUGCGCCCCAGGCCUUAGGCUCUGUAUUGUGUUCACCGCUGGAGAAUGGGUCAAGUACCUUACGCAGCUACACAACUGGACAAGUUUUAAUUCAUUAGCCAGCCAUCAUAUUGAGCUAUGUAUUAUUACCUGCACUCACUCGUUUCCACUGUGCAAUAAAGCUGUACAAAAGUUUUGCCCUGUGAAGUAAGUGAUUUUUGUUUAUUUUUGCAUCUACUGAACAUUUCUGUUUUGUACAAUGGUUACAAGCUUAAUCCGGUCCAAUAGUUGAUUUUCUUUUUUCUUAUGGCUGUAGAAUUAUUCUAGCAUAGUUUUCGGGAGAAAGGUAGGCUUUCUUCGUGAUUCCAAUUAUCGAAAAGUAUUUCUAGACGAUAGGAUGCACAUACAUUGUACUAGGUUUGUAUAUUUUAUCAAUCACAUUGUAGGACUUCAAAAGCAUUGGCGUAGAAAGGAAUUCUGAAAUCAUUUAUACCUAGGUGAAUGUUGUUCGUUUUAGUUAAACAUUAUUUUAGGUCUCAACUAGCGGUGUGUCCUUAUGAAUCAACAAACCCACAGUCGUUAUGAACGGUUCUUGGGUUGGCGAUUCGAACUGUAUUUUAGACCAUUAACUUUGCAACACGUGGCAAUAGUGGAAUCAAACUGUUAAUUGUAUUUUACCAAAAAAUAAAUGUGGAAAAUAAACGAACUGAACUAUUAUACUACAA